CUCAUGCACGGAUGUGUAUGUACCUCCUUGACGUUACUCCCCUCGCCUAUAUAAGUCCAGAGCAACUCAACUUCUUGCUCCAUACUCGACUCUGUGCGACUUUCGGAUCCACCUUCACCCAGUCGAACUCGGGGCGUAUCCGCGCAAGACACUCUUAUUCUCCAUCUUGCGCGUCUCUAUUCAACUCGUUAACACCGCUCUCUGCGCACUCUCGCGACCUCGCCUUGCCACCAAUUCCGCACACGCCCCACCUGCUUUGACAUGCCGCGGUU